UUAUAUUAAUCGUCGAUAAAAUAUGGUGAGGUCGCGACACGUUCGACGAACAAGUUGAAAAUUGAUGUGCGAAUAUCUUCGUACUCGCCGUUCGCCGCGAUCUUAUCGCACGUCGCUCCUUCAUAACAGAUUUUUUCAACAUAAUAAAGCAUUGAUAAAUUAUCUGAAAAAUUCUGCAAACUCGUGCAUCGUCGUUUAACAUAAUAAUAUUUGCAUUUUAAUCACCGCCAGUGCUCAUCAAAUUUUUAAAUUCUCUCGCCAAUACAUAACCCAAAAAUUUCUGCAUAACUCGCAAAAAUGGGUGAAACUUGUGGUUUGACAAACAGCGAAGCUCGCGAUUUGUGCUCUGCUCCUCCCACAAUCUCCAAAGAUUGGAUCAUGCAACAAACAAUGUAUCGCAUUAAGGACCCAAGGAAAUCAUUGCCUUUUUAUACCGGUGUACUGGGCAUGAGAUUGCUCCAAAAACUUGAUUUUCCAGAGAAUAAAUUCUCUCUAUAUUUUAUGGGCUAUGAAAAACAAGAGGAUGUACCAACGGACAAGAGGGAAUCCAUCGAAUGGACUUUCAGCAGAAAAGCCACGAUAGAGUUGACCCACAAUUGGGGAACUGAAACAGAUCCUGAUGCAACCUAUCAUACAGGGAAUACGGAGCCUCGAGGAUAUGGACACAUUGGAAUUGCAGUACAGGACGUGAACGAAGCCUGUAAAAAUUUCGAACGUUUAGGAGUUGAAUUCGUGAAAAAACCACAAGAUGGAAAAAUGAAGGGAAUUGCUUUCAUCAAAGAUCCUGAUGGUUACUGGAUCGAAAUAUUCAGUCCUCGUACUAUCGCGGAUAUCGCAAUGGCGCACUGAAAUUAUAAACGUCGUGAACUUCCUGAAAGCAUUGCAGCAGAGAGCAAAUGUACAAAAAAAGAAAAUGAAAACGA